UCUACAACUCUCUCUGACUCUUCUUCCUCUCCGAUCUGAGCCAUGUCUUCGCCGUCUCCUACGACGUCGUAUUGGUGCCACCGCUGCACCCGCUUCGUCCGCGUCUUCGUCCAAGACGCCUCCGUCACCUGCCCUUACUGCGACACCGGCUUUCUCGAAGAGAUUGAGAACACUCCCCCGCCGGCGCCGACCCACCGCCGCCGCCGCUUCCCGGCCUCCUCCUACGAACCAAUCCAGAAUCCCGCCCCGACUUCCCGGCGUGUCCGCCGCAGCUCCGGCGACCGGUCUCCUUUUAACCCCGUCAUCGUCCUACGUGGCGCAGCCGAUGACGACCAGUCGACCUCGUUCGAGCUUUACUACGACGACGCCGCCGGGUCGGGGCUCCGGCCACUACCUCCGACCAUGUCCGAGUUUCUGAUGGGGUCCGGUUUUGAUAGGCUCCUGGAGCAGCUGGCACAGAUUGAAAUAACCGGGCUGGGCCGACCCGAGAACCCGCCCGCUUCCAAAUCCGCCGUGGAGUCCAUGCCGGUGGUUGAAAUCGAGGAGUCCCACGUCGGGUCGGAGGCCCACUGCGCGGUGUGUAAAGAAGCUUUCGAAUUCGGGUCGGAGGCCCGAGAAAUGCCUUGCAAGCACAUAUAUCACUCCAACUGCAUCCUUCCGUGGCUGUCGAUGCGGAACUCGUGCCCGGUCUGCCGCCACGAGCUGCCCGUUGACCGGAACUCGGACUCGGGCAACGACGAGGAGGCCAUUGGGCUGACCAUUUGGAGAUUACCCGGUGGCGGGUUCGCCGUGGGGCGGUUCUCGGGCGCUAGGAGACCCGGGGAGGGUGAAUUGCCGGUUGUGUACACGGAAAUGGACGGCGGGUUUAACGGAAGUGGUGCUCCGAGGAGGGUAUUAUGGGCAUCGAGAAAUAGAGGGAGAGAGAGCCGUGGCAUUGGCAGGGCAUUUCGUAAUUUCGCCUCGUUCUUUGGUAGGUUUAGGUCAAAUUCGUCUGCGAGGACCGGGUCAGAAACCGGGUCUGGGGUAUUUAAUCGGAGUCAGAGCCACUCGAGCUCUUUGUUCGGGCGGUACGUGCAGCGACGCAGCCGGGCUUGGGUGUUGGAUGAUUAGAAUGGAAAAUGGAGAUCAGAAUUUAGAAAAAGAAAAAAAAGCUGAAUUUUACAGCUAAUACAAAAAAAGAGCACAUUUUUGUUUCUUUUCUCUUGUUUCAUUAUAAUUUUUUUGUUCCUCGAUUGGGAAAUGUGGAAAGUUUAUUUAUUCUAGGCUAGUGAUAGGUCAUAUUCAUCACUGUAUACACUUUUUAAGGGCAUUUAGGGCAAAUUUGCUUCUACAUUGUAGCAUUUUCAAUCUUAAUUGUAUAAUUCAAGCUCCAGUUUCUUCUGGUGGUGAAAAAUAUUAGUUGGCUCAUUUUGUUUUUGUAUA